AGGCUGGCCUCGAGAUCCACUUGCCUCUACCUCCCAGGUGCUGGGAUUAAAGGUGUGUGCCACCAGCACCCAGACCGAGCCUUGCUUUUAAAUAUACCCCAGGGGGGACAAGCUUCUACUAGCAGCUCAGAAAUCCUCUUUGCAUGACCCUCCCUCUCCAGGUUGCCCUGUUUCAGAGUCAAGUUUUGUAGUGUGGGUUUCCCUUUGUAUAAGGUACCAUCCCCUCUUUCUUCAUCCUUUGUCCUCAGGCCCCUCUGAGUUCAGCUCACCUUCCUUCAGAAUAAAACUAGAUGCCCCUCUGUGCAUUUUGUUCUCUGCCCCAUGGGUUCAUGUUUCUGGGUCUGAAUUGCCAGUGUGUCUAAUAUGGAAUUCCUCCACGUGUGCAGAUGUGCUCUCUCGCAGCUCAGGUGCCUCUUUGCCUGCCCUCUUGUCUUUGUAAGCUUUCUGUCUCCUCCCAGCCCCCUCUGAGUUAGAAAGGGCUGCUUCCACCUUUCUAACUGUUUUUACAGUCAGACUCUUGUGCUUGGGGCUGCAGGAUUCUGCUGUGAAAUACGUUUCUUGGAAGUGUUUGACCCCUGUCCUGUGUGAGCAGGUCUAGGUCUUCAUAGUUCCGAAGUCCCCUGUCACUCGUCCCCUUCAGUUCACACCUGUGUCUGUGUAUACUCAGCACCUCUCCCUUCCCAGGAGCCCCCAGCCUCCUGCAUUCCCCCCCCCACACACACACACACCCGACUUGCCUGGAGUGGCCUCUCCCAGUCCCCUCUGCUCCCAGCCUGUUGAGAACCCUCAUGUCUGGGGCUCACGCCGCCGCCCCGGCAGUCCACCUGGGAACUGCAUGUGCCGUGGUGUCAUCUAGAGAGCAGACACUCCACUCUAGCAGUGUGCGCUUCCUAACUCAGAGGCCCCCAGAUAAGAUAGGGCAGUCUUCGUUUCAGCGCUUUCCCAGAAUCUGAUCUGCCCGUCUCUGUGUGUGUUGGGCAGCUGAAAGGAUGUGGGAACAGGCCGGCUCUGCCUUAUCAGCUAGGAAAUGGGGAUGGAGCUCGACGGAAGAAUGCUUGCGUGUGCAAGGCCCUGAGCUCCAUCUUCGGGGGAAAGAGGGCACCUAACUGUCUCUUUCCUCCACGUCCUACCUGCCCCAUGGCUCCCAGCAUGCCCCUGGGUUUGGACUAGCCAGACAGCAGAUGUUAAGUCCUACCCAAUUUUUUCCCAGCAGCGUCCGCUUCCAAGAGAGUAUGAAGAGAGUUCGUCUGUAGGGCAGGGAAGAUGGCGGACAAGCGCAAACUCCAAGGUGAGAUUGAUCGCUGCCUCAAGAAGGUGUCCGAAGGCGUGGAGCAGUUUGAAGAUAUUUGGCAAAAGCUCCACAAUGCAGCCAACGCGAACCAGAAAGAAAAGUAUGAGGCUGACCUAAAGAAGGAGAUUAAGAAGCUACAACGGCUGAGGGACCAGAUCAAGACAUGGGUAGCAUCCAACGAGAUCAAGGACAAAAGGCAGCUCAUCGAAAACCGCAAGCUCAUUGAAACGCAAAUGGAACGGUUCAAAGUUGUGGAACGAGAGACCAAAACCAAAGCUAAGCAGGACCGCAUUGAGGGCCUGAAGCGGCACAUCGAGAAGCACCGAUACCACGUGCGCAUGCUCGAGACCAUCCUGCGCAUGCUGGACAACGACUCCAUCCUGGUGGACGCCAUCCGCAAGAUCAAGGACGACGUGGAGUACUACGUCGACUCCUCCCAGGACCCCGACUUCGAGGAGAACGAGUUCCUCUACGCCAGCAGCACGCCCACCUCAACAACUUCCAGCUCUCCCAUCCCACCCAGCCCAGCUAACUGCACUACGGAAAACUCUGAAGAUGAUAAGAAGAGGGGCCGCUCCACAGACAGUGAAGUCAGUCAGAAACCUGUAUUCCCAACACAGCGCCUCUGCUGUACUGAAGAGGACUCCAGAUACUGGUUCUGCUCCCGCCUGCUCCAGCUGUCCCCCUUUGGAGCCCAUGUUUUGUGCCCAUCCUCCUGUAGUGACCUUAGUCUAAGUUGCCUCCAUUCUUUACCCAGAAAGGAAUCCAGUACGGCAGCCCCAACGGGGGCUGGGGGUGGGGCUUCAGGCUCAGGGAACAACUCAGGGGGAGUCAGCCUCUUGGUGCCACUGCCUGUGAAUCCCCCCAGUUCUCCAACACCCAGCUUCAGUGAGGCCAAGGCAGCUGGGACCCUGCUCAAUGGCUCUCCACAGUUCAGCACCACCCCAGAGAUCAAGGUGAGCCCCUCAGAUGUGGGCCCUGAGCCCAUCCUGGGGCAGGAAAUCCAGUGUGUCUACUUUCUAAGGGGAAAAAAAAAACCACAGAAGAGACUGAACGCCCAAGGGAUGGCCGACACCCUGCCUGCAAUUGUGCCAGCCACCUCUCCCCCUCAAGAUCCCCCCCAGCAGCUGAGCUCUCUGAAAUCCAUGGCAGAACGGGCAGCUAUCAGCUCUGGCAUUGAGGACCCUGUGCCAACGUUACACCUGACAGAGCGAGACAUCAUCCUGAGCAGCACAUCAGCACCCCCCACCUCAGCCCAGCCACCCCUGCAGCUGUCAGAGGUGAACAUACCAUUGUCACUGGGCGUGUGUCCACUGGGGCCAGUGUCCCUCACCAAGGAGCAGCUCUACCAGCAGGCCAUGGAAGAGGCCGCCUGGCACCACAUGCCCCACCCCUCUGACUCCGAGCGCAUUCGGGUGGGCUCUCCACCUCAGUUGGUCUGCUGUGGGCCAGAGGCCAGCCCUGAUGCCCUGCCCUGUCCCCCUGCUCUCUACCCAGUGUGGCUACCUCUCUGUCCUCCUCUGUGUUUUCUUUCCCAGGGAACCAAGGCGCAGUACUUGGCAGCCAAGGCCCUGAAGAAGCAGUCCUGGAGAUUCCACACCAAGUACAUGAUGUGGUUUCAGAGGCAUGAGGAGCCCAAGACCAUCACAGAUGAGUUUGAGCAGGUGAGGGCCCUGCCCACCCUGUCCCACUGGUGUAUGGCUCGUGUCCCCAAGCCUAGUCCUGUGCUGCUGGCCUUCGGCCUUCUGCAGACAGACCAAACUGGCCUCCCAGGCUGUUCACCUGGCCUGGGAUGCUAUCCCUCUCCAUUUGGUGGAUUCCUGGUGCUUUAGGUCUGAGCCAUUGUCACUCCUUCCAAAGAGCUGCUAACUGCCUCCACCAUGCAGCCCUGGGUACUUUAGUUGAGUGUGUGGGAAUUUCUAGUUGGCAUCUCCUGAACCUGACCUCAGUGGCCCCUUCAUUUCCUGGCAGCCAGCAGACUGAGCUGCUUGGGACUGAGCAUACUUGGAAGGAAGGCUUCUUAGGCGGCCUUCUCAAGUCUCAACCAUUAGCUGAUUAGAAACUCCACUCCCUAAAUACCCCAAAGCCAACUGAUCUGGGUUUGAGCCCAGUUCUCUCUGGAUGAUCUUGGACAAGUCAGUGGAAUCCCUCUAUCUGUAAAAAUGGGAGUGGCAGCACCCAUCUCCCAAGUUGUUACAAGGAUUAAAUAAGUUACCAUGUAAGUACUAAUGGUGCCUGCUAUACAGUGAGCGUCACGGAAAUUUUAAUUGUUUUCAGUGGGUGUGUUCCAUGGUGGCUUUCCCUGUACACAUUUUCCCCACCUACACCUCGGGUGCCAAGCCGGCCCUCCCUCGGUGGUCCCCGUUCUCACAGAACUGUUGCAUCCCCACAUUCCUCCAGACCACCUGGAAGCAUUUCAGACACUUGAGCCAGCCAGCUUUUCUUGCUGCCUCCUCUCCCACCCUGGUUUGGGCCUCGACAUUAAUGCGUGUCAGGGCGCUGAGUCUCUCAGAAUCUGUCACAGUGCAGUGUCUCCCUGCAGGGCACUUGGGUGUUGGGUGUAGAUGCUGCAUCUGUCACAUAGUAGGCCACCCGUUGGUGCCCAUCCCUCAGCGUCUGAACAUAAGCCUAGGCCUUGUACUUAGCCAAGGCCCUCCAAAGCUGUAAAGAAAGCAUUCAGGCCCACCGGGCACGGCAUGUCCUUGUCUCUGAUGGCUGCCUCUCG